ACCACUUACCUUUAGCUUUCCCAUGUUUGAUGAUACUUCUCUCUCUCUCUCUCCACCGUCCACUACUUCCUUCAGCCAUCUUGUACUCUCUCUCUCUCUCUCUAUAAAAGCAAACAACUCAAGUAGCUAGCCAUAAACUGUUCCCACUUGAUCUCUCAUCAAAUAAUAUAUCCAUGGCUGAUAACCCUUACUCUAAUCUUUUCUCUUCUUCUUCAAGGUUCUUCCAAUUCAACCAUAUUUUUCCAUCUUCAAAUUCAAACCCUUCUCCACAAAACCACCACCCUUUUCUUCACCACCACAACAACAAUAACCAUACCUUUUUCCACUAUCAUCAUCAUAUUUCCUCUUCUUCACCACCUUCUCCUCCUCUAAGAGAAGAACUACCUCUUUUAAACCUAAUUCCAACAAAACAAGAAAAAUAUGAUGAAGAUCAACAAGAACAUGAGGUGGAUAUUCAAGACCUUCCUUGCACUGCCAUGGAUUUAGAAGAAAGGGAAGAAGAUGGUAGUAGUAGAACUACUACUGUUACUGUUGCACUUCACAUAGGUUUGCCAAACCCUAGUGCUGCUGAAAUGGCUUCUGUACUUUCUUCCUCUAAUAACUCCUCAGAGAUCAUUGUCACUGAUAAAGAACAUGGUGGUGAGGAUUCUUGUUCAGGAUUCAUGGUUAAUAAUAGGCUUAACAAAGGACAAUAUUGGAUCCCUACUCCUUCUCAGAUUCUCAUUGGUCCAACUCAGUUCUCUUGCCCUGUUUGCUCCAAAACUUUCAAUAGAUAUAACAACAUGCAGAUGCAUAUGUGGGGGCAUGGAUCACAGUACAGAAAAGGUCCUGAAUCUCUAAGAGGUACACAACCAACAGGAAUGCUAAGGCUACCUUGUUACUGUUGUGCACCAGGGUGCAGAAACAACAUUGAUCAUCCAAGAGCAAAGCCUCUCAAAGAUUUUAGAACACUUCAAACACAUUACAAGAGAAAACAUGGAAUUAAGCCAUUCAUGUGUAGAAAAUGCAGCAAGGCUUUUGCUGUUAGAGGAGAUUGGAGAACUCAUGAAAAGAAUUGUGGAAAGCUUUGGUAUUGUAUCUGUGGUUCUGAUUUUAAACACAAGAGGUCUCUUAAAGAUCAUAUCAAAGCUUUUGGAAGUGGACAUGCUGCUUAUGGGUGUGAUGGAUUUGAAGAAGAGGAUGAACCAGCUUCUGAAGUAGAGCAAGAUAAUGAAUGAUUAAUCAUUAUAUGUUAAUUAUCUUAAUAUUAAUUAUUUUGUGAAAUGAUUAAUAUCAGUACCAAUUAAUUAGUUUAAAUGGAAAGGAAAAAUUUUCUUUCUUUUUU